CCCCCACCACCUCCCUCACCACCCUCCCUCCCACCUCACGUCACCUCCCUCACCCUCACGCUCCCUCCAUCAUCCUCAUCCUCCCUC